CCUUCUGUAGAACACCAAAAAGAAGAAGCGGUUCUUUGUUAACAAUUUAAAUAUCCAGAGUUCAAUUAAGGGAAGAAGUGAAGAUGUCACUGAUUCCACGUUUCUGCGGUGGGCGAAGGAGCAACGUUGUCGAUCCAUUCUCCCUCGACGUUUGGGACCCUUUCAAGGAUUUUCCUUUUCCCAAUUCUCUUUCUGGUUCCGUCCCUGAAUUUUCUCGGGAAAAUUCUGCAUUUGUGAGCACACGAGUGGAUUGGAAAGAGACCCCAGAAGCACAUGUGUUCAAGGCUGAUCUUCCUGGUCUGAAGAAGGAGGAAGUGAAGGUUGAGAUUGAAGAUGACAGGGUUCUUCAGAUAACUGGAGAGAGGAACGUUGAGAAAGAAGACAAGAAUGACACAUGGCAUAGAGUGGAGCGUAGCAGUGGCAAGUUCAUGAGGAGGUUCAGGUUGCCAGAGAAUGCCAAAAUGGAACAAGUGAAAGCUUCCAUGGAAAAUGGGGUUCUUACUGUGACUCUUCCGAAGGAAGAGGUCAAGAAGACUGAUGUUAAGGCCAUAGAAAUCUCUGGUUAAACGGAUAAUGUUUCUCUGUCUUUUUGGUUAAAAGUUGUGUGCUUGGCUAUAUAUUAUUAGGGAAAUGUUUUUCUUAUGUUAAUGGAGAUAGGUUAUCUCAUUUUAGUGACACAAAAUUAUAAGAGGGACCCAGAAAUAAUUGGAAAGAGACAAAAUAGAGGUGGGAUCCAUCUUUAUUAUGUGUGUGUAAGAAUUUGAUUUAUCUUAUGUUGAAUGAGAUAAAUAUAAUCCAUAUUAUUAUAUGUA